AUGACUUAUUUCCUUUUCUACUCUCUUAUAAUCUCCGUCAUCAUCGCGGGAACAGCGCUCUACCUCACGCGGUCAAGAUGGAUCCAUCUACUGCCAGUCCCUGAUUACCUCUACCAUCGCCUUCCCUCUAGCUUCACGGGCGACUUGGAGGCCGGCUUCAGUUCCUCGCAAUUCGACAUCACGGCUAAUGUUGCAGACGGGGACACUCGGGCUGGAUUGGAUCAAGCAGCAAAACGGGAAAUUCAAAAGAUCAUGAGAGCCCAAAAGGUCAACUUUGACGAGGCCCGCCGAAUCUACACCGAACAACGAUUCGCGAGUAAUAAUAUUGGCCCUGAUGGUCGACCCCGGGACCCCAAAUUUGUCUCGUUCUCAUGA